AUGGUUUGGAGCAGCAAAAUGUCAAGCUUUCUACUGAUUUUGCUGAUUCUUAAUUCGACCCAUUUCAGUCUAAUGGCUAAUGGUAGACCAGAGCCAAACUCACAACAAUCCACCACUAAGGGAUUAGAAGAUCAAGAUCAGAAGAUGAUGAUGAGAGGUUUGAUAGGAUCAAGACCACCAAGAUGUGAGAGAGUUAGAUGUCGCUCUUGUGGUCAUUGUGAAGCAAUUCAAGUUCCUACAAAUCCUCAAACAAAGUUUCAUCACUCUCCUUCUACUUCCUCUGAGAUUAUUGAUCUUGAUUACAUCAGAGGAGAUGAUAAUUCUAAUUACAAACCCAUGAGCUGGAAAUGCAAAUGUGGUAACUCUAUCUAUAAUCCUUGA